GAUCAAGUGGCAAAAGGAGCUAAUGUUGAUUGGUUGGAUGAUGCUCAACUCUUUCGACGAAGCAAGACACAUGGAGAUGAUAUGGCCUCAGAAAAAUUUCAUGAGUGGAAUGUCAAAGGUAGGAAACCAAAAGGGAGGGAUGGAUUCAAAAGUUGUAUCUCACAAAGCAUAUCAAGCACAAUUGGAUGAUUCAUAUGGCUGGUCUGAUCAAAGAGGCAAGUCAUCACAAGAGAAGAUCAAAAGUAAAUAUGCUCAAAAUGGGUCAACAAUUGUGGAGCAUUCAAAAAGCCAUCCUAUGUACGUUCAAGGUGAAGACACUGAAUCUGAUUCCUCAGAGCAUGGUGAAGAGGAUGUGGAUGUUAGCCUCGUGGUGAAGAAGGCUGCAUAUCCAAUAGUUAAAUCAGUUUAUGAUCAUAAAAGGGCUAGCAUAGUUGGGAAAAAGAACAAGAUGCAUUCGUCUUUUGUUGAUGGAGUUACAGGAGUUCAUUCACCAGAUGUUAGACCACACACUUUGAAAGAGAAGCAGAAAGGUAGAACAAGUGAGCUCAAGUAUUUGCAUGAACUUGUUUUACAGAAUAAGGGCCAGGGACUGCUGCCAUAUGAGAAAAAACAGCAAGCACCAGUGUCAAAAUCUUACUCAGGUGAGAAAAAACGGAAAGGUAUGGCUGAUCCAGAUACCGCAUUGAUACAGUCAAAUUACAUGCAUAACUAUGCCAGUGGCAUAAAACAUGAAGAUUUUGAUAGUCAUGUAGAAGGCAAGGCAUCAGUUAACAGAAAGAAAUUUACCAAUUCUCAUAUUUCUGAAGCUGAUCAUCAUGAAAAGGUGAAUAUGCCAUUAUCAACAUGCAACUCCACGUCAAAGAAGAGGAAAGGGAAGUCAGAGGCUGUGAAUCAGGGUGAGCUAGAUGAUGCAAUUUACCUACAUGCUAGUCCGAAGAAGCAGAUUGAUGACUUCAGUCAUAAGAGGAAGGGCAAGAAGAAUGUUGAUAGUGGUGCUGGACCUUUGACUGCUGGAAAUUCUGAGUUGAUCAUACCAGAAAAGGAUAUAGAGCCAGAGCCGAAGAUACAGAAGAAGCCUUUCACUCUUAUCACACCUACUGUUCACACUGGCUUUUCAUUCUCAAUUGUGCAUCUCCUCUCUGCUGUUAGGAAGGCACUUAUUAAUUCUCAAAUAGAAGAUAGUACUGUUAUUGGCAAAUUAGAGAAGGAUGAGGGUAGGCUGAAACAGAAAAGGGAAGAACAGAAUAAAGGUUCUCGUGAUGUAGUAAAUGGAGAGCACCAAACUUUUGCUCCUGAUAACAUGGAUUUGAAUACCUCAGAGUCUGCUGGAUUGAAGAAUUUGCCUUCUCUGACAGUUCAGGAGAUCGUUAGUCGAGUUAAAUCAAACCCAUUAGAUCCCUGUAUUCUGGAAACACAGGAACCACUUCAUGAUUUGGUCAGAGGGGUUUUGAAGAUUUUUUCAUCUAAGACAGCACCUUUGGGUGCGAAAGGGUGGAAACCUCUUGUAUCCUAUGAGAAAUCAAAUAAAAGCUGGUCUUGGAUUGGUCCAGUUUCUUUGAGCUUGUCAGAUAAUGAUACAGUUGAAGAGGAAACUUCGCCCGAGGCAUGGAGUAUUCCCCACAAGAUGCUUGUGAAGUUGGUCGAUGCAUUUGCAAACUGGCUGAAAAGUGGCCAAGAGACUCUUCAGCAAAUUGGAAGUCUUCCGCCACCACCUAUAAUGCCACCGUGCUUGGAUGAGAAGGAAAGGUUCAGGGACUUAAGAGCACAGAAGAGUUUGAGCACAAUCAGUCCGAGUUCUGAUGAAGUUAGGUCCUACUUCCGUAGGGAGGAACUGUUACGAUACUCAGUUCCAGACAGGGCAUUUUCCUACACUGCUGCUGAUGGGAAAAAAUCUAUUGUAGCUCCGUUAAGAAGAGGUGGUGGGAAGCCAACAGCAAAAGCUCGAGAUCAUUUUAUGCUAAAGCCUGAUCGACCGCCACAUGUGACCAUUUUGUGCCUUGUAAGGGAUGCAGCUGCAAGAUUGCCUGGAAGUAUUGGCACCAGAGCAGAUGUCUGUACUCUGAUCAGGGAUUCACAGUAUGUUGUUGAAGAUGUCAAUGAUGUACAGGUUAAUCAAGUUGUCAGCGGGGCUUUGGAUCGGUUGCAUUAUGAACGUGAUCCUUGUGUGCAGUUUGAUCCUGAUAGAAAACUCUGGGUUUAUCUGCACAGGGACAGGGAGGAGGAAGAUUUUGAAGAUGAUGGUACCUCUUCUACGAAGAAAUGGAAAAGGCAGAGGAAAGAUCCCUCUGAGCAGCCUGAACUGGGAACAGCCGGUGAUGCGAGCUAUCAAGCAGGUGGAGAUCCAGGAGGAGGUAUAUCUUCUACUGGAUAUGACUUCAAUACUGAUCUGAAUGCUGGGACGUCAUCUAUCCCUGCUGAUGAGAAAGAUGAACUUGUCUACAGUGAUUUGAGGCCUAGUACAGACAAUAUCCAAACAUUUAUUGGUUCGUCAUCAGUCAGUAGGAAUCAGAACAAUGGAUUGAAUUCAGAUGUUCUUGGAAUGAAUGCUUUGCGAGAAAACAAAAUUCUUUGUCAGGAGAACUUCACCAGUGAAGAUUUUUGAUGAUCAAGCAUUUAGCAUAUGAACUUGGUUUGAGGGUUGCAUAGCUCCGAUGUGCUCAAUACCUUCUUCAGGAUGAAGGCCUCAAGACGAGUUUAGUCCACUUUAACUGUCACUUGUGGGAUAGCAAUUUUACAUGUACAUUGUUUUUCGGGUUUUUUCUCAUUUAACAUCGAAUUAUUAAGUAGCAAAUGUUAUUUUCUUGGCACCAUCAGUGCCUUGAUAAUAAUAUUGUUGUGUUUGAUCUUAGGCGAAAGAAGAACCAUUCUUUAGAAACCGUAGUGGACCGCCGGCAAUUUCUUUGUUUCGGUGAGGCUGUUAUUUUUAUGUUUAUUUUUUUAUAUAUUGUUAUUUGAUUAGGAUUAAAAUUAUGGUUGAUAUUUCAAGUUUAUGUGGUGGAAUAUUAUUUUUAGGCUCAUGAUUUUCAUGGCCAUGGUUUUUA